AUGUUCUACAUAGCCUCAUGGACACCAUAUGGCCUCGUAGCGCUCUACGCUUUAUUGCAUAAAGAGCGUCACUUUCUCUCUCCAUUUGUAGCCGAGUUUACUGUGCUCUUUGCUAAGACCAGUGCCGUCUACAAUCCCAUCCUUUAUGCCUUCACUCAUCACCGCUUUCGUCUUGAGAUCUCUGCUUUUAGGCAGCAAUUGAAGCGUCAGGUGACUUGCGCCUACAAUAAACUUGCCUUGCGCCUGAGUCUUUUUGGCUGUUGUCAUGUCCAAAAUUCACGAGACAAAUUGGUCACACCAGACGCCCGGACAACCUCGCAAGUCAUGGAAGUAUAA